AUGAAUGUAUAUGAUGACGUCUUGGAUCCAACUGUCGUGUCUCAUUCAAUAACAGGACAUUUCACCACAAGGGCAGAACUAGAAUUGUUAGUAAUAAGAACGAACAUUCUUUCAAUUUAUCAUCUGGAAACAAUACUGUCUCCUCGGAGCAAUACCUCCUCCUCUCAACUCGAAACAAUCGAAGAUGCUACAGUAACUACAUCAAAACAAGCGAAAUUGUUCCUCAUCAAUGAAUUCAAGCUCAAUGGUAAAGUACAAGAUAUAGCAUCAAUACCUCUAGGGAAUUCAUCAUCAUUAGAAUGUAUACUACUCUCUACAGGGACAGCAAAAUUAUCAAUAUUGAACUUUGAUCCAUCUAUAAACUCAUUCGAAACUUUAAGCUUACAUUACUAUGAGGAAAAAUUCAAAGAUAUUUCAUUGGUUUCAUUAGCAAAAAAAUCACAAUUAAGAAUGGACCCAUUAAAUAGAUGUCUCCUCAUGUUCAACAAUGAUGUAAUGGCAUUAUUACCCUUACAUUCCAAUAAUGAAGACGAAGAAGAAGAAGAAGAAGACGAGAAUGAAGAAGAUGAGGUAUUGGAUAAUUAUGAAGCUAACUUAUCGAAAACAAGUCCCAAUAAGAGAAUAAAAUAUAAUAAUAAUCAAUUUGAAGGGAAGAGUAAAAUCUUCAAUAUAAAUAAAUUACAUGAAGACGUUAAAAAUAUUUCAGACAUUCAAUUUCUAAAUAAUUUCAAUAAACCAACAAUCGCUGUCUUAUAUCAACCAACAUUGACUUGGGCUGGUAAUGUUCAAUUAAACCCCUUGCCCACUCAUUUCAUGAUAUUCACUUUAGAUAUCCUAUCGGAAAACAGUACAAACAAUGCGAAUCACACAACGGAGAACAAUAAUAAUGAUCUUAAUUUGAUCAUUAUUGCCAAAUUGAAAGAAUUAGCGUGGGAUUGGUUCAAAAUAAUCCCCAUAUCAAACGGAUGUGUCGUCAUUGGGAACAAUGAAAUAGCAUAUAUAGAUAAUACAGGCGUAUUACAAUCUAUAAUCUUACUAAAUUCAUUCGCUGAUAAAAAUUUGAAAAAGACAAGGAUCAUUGAUGAAUCUAAAUUUCAAAUAUUUUUUAAUGAGAACGUUACUCAUGUUUGGUCACCUUCCACAAGUAAAAAUAAAACUACGGAAGAUGAUGAGACAUUGUUACUUAUGGACGCUCAGUCGAAUCUAUAUUAUGUUCGUUUGGAAGCGGAGGGAAGAUUAUUGACGAAAUUCGAUAUUAUUAACUUACCUAUCGUUAACGAUGUCCUGAGGGAAAAUUGUAACCCAACAUGUAUCUCAAGAUUGGAUUCUAAUGCAACAAAUUCAACAAUGGACCUUUUCAUCGGGUUCUUGUCUGGUGAUAGUUUGGUAGUUAGGUUGAAUAAUUUGAAAUCUGCAAUAGAUACGAGAGAUGAACAUAGUGAAAGUAAUGAGCAUACACAAUUGAACGGAUUUGAUGAAGAAGAUGAAGAUAAUUUAUACUCAGACGAUGAGGUUGAUGUGGAGGAUGCUCGUUCAAAACGUGAUAUGGAAACUAUAAUUCAUACUGUCCAACCAUUCGACAUUGAAUAUUUAACUUCAUUAAAGAAUAUUGGUCCUAUUACAUCCUUAACUGUGGGGAAAGUUAGUUCUUUGGAUUUAAAUGUCAAAGGUUUACAAAACCCUAAUAAAAAUGAAUUUUCCAUAGUGACUACGUCAGGUAAUUCAACUGGUUCUCAUUUAAACGUAAUUCAACAAACUGUACAACCAAUUGUGGAAAAAGCUUUGAAAUUUAUAAGUGUGACUCAAAUCUGGAAUUUGAAAAUAAAAAAUAAAGAUAAAUAUUUAGUUACUACAGAUUCAACAAAAUCUAAAAGUGAUAUUUAUGAUAUUGACAAUAAUUUUUCACUGCAUAAAGAAGGUCGUUUGAGGAGAGACGCAACGACAGUUUAUAUAGCCAUGUUUGGCGACGGUAAGAGAGUAGUACAAAUCACCACCAACCAUUUAUAUUUGUUCGAUACUAAUUUUAGAAGAUUGACGGCAAUAAAAUUUGAUUUCGAAGUAGUUCAUGUCUCUGUAAUGGAUCCUUACAUUUUAAUUACCGUCUCCAGAGGUGAUAUCAAAAUCUAUGAAUUAGAUGCUACACAUAAAAGAAAAUUAUUUAGAGUGGAUUUACCAGAUAUUUUGAAAGAAAUGGUUAUAACUUCCGGUGUUAUACUGAAGAGUAAUAUGUGUAAUGAAUUUUUAAAUCCUUCUGACGAUUCUGAUGAAGAACAUCUUCUUUUCACCUUCGUAACAGCAGAUAAUCAAAUUAUAUUCUUUACCAGACAACAUAAUGAUCGAAUUUUCCAAUUAAAUGGCGUCGAUCAAUUAAAAGAAAGUCUUUUCGUUAGCACAUAUCAAUUACCAGACGAAGUGAUACCCGAUCCAUCUAUAAAACAAGUUAUGAUAAAUAAAAUAGGGCAAAAUAAUAAAGAAGAAUAUUUAACUAUUUUAACAUUCGGAGGUGAAAUUUACCAAUACAAAAAAUCAUCAAGUAGACAUAGUAGAUUCUUUAAGAGCAUCACAAGAAGUGGUUUAGCUAUUACGGGUGCACCAAAUAACGCAUAUGCCAAAGGUGUAAGCUCUAUUGAAAGAGUUAUGCAUUAUAUAUCAGAUUACAAUGGAUAUUCAGUAAUUUUCAUUACAGGUAGCGUUCCUUAUAUGCUAAUACGAGAAGAUGAUUCUGUUCCUAGAAUUUUCCAAUUUGCAAAUCUAUCAAUCGUUUCCAUGGCAAGGUGGGGCAAAAACUCAAUAAUGUGUGUUGAUAAUUUAAAAAAUGCAAGAAUUUAUGGACUCGAUCAUGCUAAUAUAUAUUAUGGUAAUAAGCUUUCAAUACGAAAGAUUAAAAUUAGUGAUUCAUUAGAAGAUUAUAUGACCCUUACGAAGAUAACUUACCAUGAAAAGACACAAAUGUUUUUAGUUUCGUAUGCUAAAGAAACGGAAUAUGAUGCGUUAGGUGAAGAUGAUGAAAGAAUUGUAGGUUAUGAUGAGGAUGUACCGCAUGCAAAAUCUUUCCAAAGUGGUGUUCUAUUGAUUAACCCCUUGACUUGGAAUGUUAUUGACUCUAAAACCUUUGGCAAAAACACAUUGGUAAAUGAUAUGCGUUCAAUGCUAAUUCAAGUGAAUUCAAAAGCAAGAAGGAAGAGGGAAUAUAUAAUAGCAGGUGUAACACAUAUUGGCACUGAAGAUUUACCACCAACUGGAGCAUUCCACAUUUAUGAUAUAACAGAAGUUGUCCCUGAACCUGGUAAGCCAGAUACCAACUAUAGGCUUAAAGAAGUUUUCAAAGAAGAAGUAAGGGGAAUUGUGAGUACUGUUUGUGAGAUAAGUGGUAGGUUUUUGGUAAAUCAAAGUCAAAAAGUAAUGGUUAGAGAUGCUCAAGAAGAUAACUCUGUGGUUCCCGUUGCAUUCUUAGAUAUCCCUGUUUUUAUCAAUGAUGCAAAAAGUUUUGGUGAUUUUUUAAUAUUAGGUGAUGCUAUGCAAGGGUUACAUUUUAUUGGGUUUGAUGCUGAACCAUAUAGAAUGAUCAAUCUUGGUAAAUCUGUAACCAAAUUCGAAACUGUUUCAGUGGAAUUUGUAGUAAAUGGUGGAGAUCUUUAUUUUGCUCUUACUGAUAGGAAUAAUAUUUUACAUGUUCUCAAGUAUGCGCCAGACGAAUUGAAUUCUCUUUCUGGUCAAAAACUAGUCCAUUGUUCUAGUUUUAAUCUCUUUUCCGGUAAUUCAUCUCUUCUCUUACUGCCUAAAAAUGAAGAAUUUGAGGACACAAAGAAUGCACCACUGACGUUCCAAACUAUCGGUGGCCAAGUUGAUGGAUCUAUCUUUAAGGUAAUACCAUUAAGAGAAGAUACAUAUAGAAGACUAUAUGUUAUUCAACAACACAUGAAUGAUAAAGAACCCCAGUUAGGUGGGUUGAACCCCAGAAUGGAGAGAUUAAGUAAUGAAUACUACCAACUUUGUCAUGUUAUGAGACCAAUGCUAGAUUUUAACAUUAUACGAAGGUUUUCCGAGCUACCUAUUGAUAGAAGGACAAGAGUUGCAAAGAGAGCCGGUCAAAGAGCCCAUUAUGAAAUAUGGAGAGAUAUGAUUAACGUCGAAUUUUCUUUAAGAUCUUUGCGUGCGAAUGACUAG